AUGCCUGUCAUCCACGACCGAUACCGAGUCAUCCGAGAGCUCAGCGCCACGCUCUACGGCUGGGUCUUCGCCUGCGAGGACAUGCAGGGCCGGAUGCAGCCCGCGCCACCGUCCGUCACAAACGUGCCUGUGGUCAUCAAGCAGGUCUCGCUCGAGCGCAUGGCCGCCUUCAUGCGCGACCACCCGCAAGAAGGACACACGCCAGACAACCCCAUCGUCGAAAAAGAGGUCGGCGAUGCCGUCCGAGCCGCGGGAGGCCACCCCAACCUCGUGCAGUACACCGACUCGUUCGUCGAGCAGCAGACGCUGUACCUCGUCAUGGAGCACUGCGCCGACGGCGACAUGUACGACUACCUCAGCAGGCGCCGGCAGCGCACCAUGUCGUGCAUGAACGCGCUGAGCGUGCUCUCGCAGGUGGCCGCGGGUCUGGCCUUCCUGCACCGACACGGCAUCGCGCACCGCGACGUGUCACUCGAGAACAUCAUGCUGCACCGCGGCCGGUGCAAGCUGGGCGACUUCGGGCUGGCCACGCGUGCUCGAAGUGCGGGUGGCCGUCACGUGGGCAAGAAGUACUACAUGGCGCCGGAGAUCGUGGCGGGGGGUCCGUACGAUCCGAAGGCUGCGGACGUCUGGUCGCUGGGGAUCGUGCUCUUUAUCAUGUUGACGGGCUCGCCGCUCGUGUCGUUCGCUUCCACGUCAGUCAAGUCCUUCCGGGCGCUCAAGCAGGCGGGCAUCCCAGCAGUGCUGGAGACUUGGGGCGUCGCAUGGUCCAUGCCAGCCAGUGCACUGCGCCUGGUGUCGGGCAUGUUGGAGGUCGACCCCGACAAGCGUCUGACCAUCGAGCAGGUGCUGGACCACGAUGCCUUCGCCGAGUGCUUGGGCCAGUCAGAGUAA